AUGGAAGCGCAAAUCAAGAUGGAACGACGAAAUAAUCUUGAUUUGCAGGCAAGAGCAAGAGAUUUUUCAAACCCACAUUUAGAAAUAGGACGGCAUUCUUCAUUUUUCAAGAGGGCUGGUGUAGAAGUUACAGCGAGAAUGGGAAACUGUGUCGUUAUAAGAAGAAUUAGGCUGAAUGCUCAAAACGAAAAAUUAAAGGCGUUCAGAAUUUUACAUUUGUUAUAUGCAGGAUUUAAAAAGGCGGUUGAUUUUGUCUCUGCUAUCUGUGAU